AUGCACUUCAAUCUAUUCUCCUAUCUCGUUGUGUGUUUCUUUCUCUUGAGCAGCCUGCCUGUUCAAGUCUCUGCCUAUUUCGUCGUAACGUCUCCUGGGGAAGGUACCGUUUGGCACGUAGGUGCUGCGAACCCAAUCACAUGGAGCAAAGGAGUCAUGGACGGAAUCAAUUCGUUCGACAUUGAGAUGAAUCGCAUGAACGGGGACGGUCUUCACUUCCUCGCAAGAAACGUCCCCAACACGGUUCACUCUCUCAAUGUCUUCCUGCAGGACGUACCCCCCGGGGACGACUACUUUCUCCUUUUCGUCAAUUCGACGCACGGAGUCUUGCACACCACGUCCAAGAGAUUCUCGGUAGUCUCUUCAGACAGCGGUGCAGCCCCUGACUCCAACGCGCCGACUGUAACAAUAAGCGGCGCACCAAACCCUUCGCAAGCAUUUGCGACGACCUACGCUGCCGUUCCCAACGGUGCGCCCCACGACAUUGGGGUGCCUUUGUUGGGCAUGGCAGCCUUGCUUUUUGGGGGGAUAUUCGGCAUCUUGUGCACUCUGUAG